GUAUGUUUGCUCUGUUCACUCUGUUUGGCCUUGCACUGGUCUUUGGACUUGGGUCGUGUUAUUUCCUUGGUCUAGGUUUGAGACCAAAGAACUACCCGCCCGGUCCCCGUACCUUACCAUUGAUCGGUAACUUGCACCAGAUCCCAAGCAAAAAUGAAUACCUGCAGUUCGCCAAAUGGGCAAAGGAAUAUGGACCUAUCUACAGCAUUCUUGCUGGCAGCCGACCUAUUAUUGUUCUUUCCAGCGUCGAGGUCGUCAAAGACCUACUGGAUAAACGGAGUGCCAUCUACUCUGAUCGUCCUGAGGCAUAUGCAGCAAACCACAUCCCUAUCAGCAAGCUACGAAUGGUCUUUAUGCCUUACACUCCCUUGUGGCGUAAAGUCCGCAAGAUCGCACACUCUCUGUUGAGCAUCAAGGUCGUCAAGAACUACGAUGCCUAUCAGGAGAUGGAACGUAAACAGAUGUUGAAUGAAAUGCUUGAGAAUCCUGUCGACUUCUUUCCUAGCUUGCAGCGAUACACGACGUCUCUGGCAGCCACAAUCCUCUUUGGCUGGAGGGCUUCGUCAAGUGCGGAUCCAAGGAUUCGAAAACUUGACGAUGAGCUGGCUGCUUUGCAAGAGGCUAUGAGCACAGGAGCUGCUGCACUUAUCGAUGGGUUCCCUUUCCUUCGCUACUUACCGGAGGCACUUCUCCCUGCCAAAGCAAACAUCCGUCGCGCACUCCAACUUGGUCAUGAAGUGCAUAUGGAGAACUGGUACGCUGUCAAGAAGAACAUCGCCAAUGGAACUCUCGGACCCUGCUUGAGCAUCGGUCUCGCCAGAGCCCAGGAGAAAGACGAAGGGCUCACUGAUGAAGAAGCUGCAUACACAGUCGGCAACAUCUUUGAAGGCGGCAUGGAGACUACAUCAUCAACAUUGUAUGCUUUUAUCCAAGCUAUGCUGCUCUUCCCUGACGUUCAAGCAAAAGCUCAGGAGGAGAUUGACAGAGUCGUUGGUUCUGAACGUCCACCAGUCAUGGCCGAUGCAGUCAAUCUGCCAUAUGUCAGACGAUGCGUCAAAGAGCUUGUCCGCUGGUUCCCCGUCGGACCUUUGGGCGCCGUACCUCAUGCUUGCACCAGAGAUGACGAGUACAUGGGCUACAAGAUCCCCAAGGGUGCGCCCGUCAUCUUGAAUGCCUGGGCUAUCAUGACAGAUCCUGAACGCUACCCCGAACCUCGCCGCUUCAACCCUGAUCGUUUCAGCGAAGAUAAUGACGACGUCUCCAUAGCUGAGAUGGCCGCCCACCCAGACCCAAGCAAGAGAGACACCGUUGGGUUCGGAGCCGGAAGACGUAUCUGCCCCGGCAUGCAUGUCGCCGAUCGAAGCAUGUUCCUCGGUGUCUCUGGCAUUCUCUGGGCCUUUUCCAUCACGCCAAAGCAAGAUGCUGAAGGUCAGGAUAUCUUGCCCGAUCCGGACAAUCUGAUCGUCGGCGGUAUUGCUGCUAGACCUGAACCUUUCGUAGCAAAUAUCCUCCCUCGUGAUGGAAAAGCAGGAAUUGUCAAGCAAGAGUGGGAGGAUGCACAGAAAUUGCUUGAUCCGGAGACAAAACAGUGGAAGGAGACGCCGGAGGGUGACUGGGAUGUAACUCUGAGAGUCUGAGUGAUGCUCUUGGAAGUGUGGGAGGUCCAGGGUCUUGGAACAGCUGUGAACGGUAGAUUGAUCUCUCGAGGAAAUGCUUGAGUAACGAGAUAAUGAUUGACGUGCUGACGAG